AUGGCUGAUAGGACUCAUUGGACUAAGACUUGGACCAUGUCGGCGCCGGAGUACACCCACAUUGACCAUGCCAGUAUUAUUCAGGUAAUGUUGUUGCCGGCAAACAACAAUCCAAUGAAAGGAUUGGGCUCCGAUGGCAACUCAAUGGACCUAUCCGACAUGGGCAUGCGGCUUCCAAUGCUAGUCUACGUCUCCUGCGAGAAAUGCUCUGGAUAUGACCACAACAAAAGGCAGGGCAAUGAACGUUCUGGUUUGAGCCUCCAUGAUAAUGUCUUUGCCCCUUCAUCCUCAACCUCGAUUGCGACCACUACAUUUACAAUUCCUAAGCAAUCCGUGAAGGAAUGUGCUUCAUGA